AUGAAGAGCUUCUUAAUCACGUGUUCCUUGCUCGUCAGCGCCUCAGCGCAUACGAUCUUUACUCAACUUUGGGUUAAUGGCGUUGCCCAGGGACAUACCAAGGGUAUCAGGGUUCCCACUAAUACGUCGUUUACCAGGCCAAUUACUGACGUGACAUCCAACGAUGUUAUUUGUAACGGAGGCCCGAAUCCGCUUCGACAACCGCUUCCCAAAGACAUCAUCAAUGUAAAAGCAGGUGAUAAGCUCACCGCAGAGUGGCAUCAUACCUUGGACAGCGCUGGCACGAAUGACAAAUCUGAUCCGAUUGAUCCCGGCCAUCUCGGACCGAUCAUGGUCUAUCUUGCCAAGGUAGACGAUGCUUUGUCGACCAAGGUCACCGGCCUUAAGUGGUUCAAGAUAUACGAAGAUGGGAUGGAUAGUAAAGGCCAAUGGGCCGUAACCAGGCUCUACAACAACAAGGGCAAGGUAGAUUUUACUCUUCCAGCAUGCAUCCAACCAGGACAAUACCUUCUCAGGGCUGAGCUUAUUGCGCUACAUGGGGCAGCUAACUAUCCAGGGGCUCAACUAUACAUGGAAUGUGCACAACUGAAAGUAGAAGGAGGAGGAAAUGCCAAUCCACCAACGGUCAACCUCCCUGGUGCCUACAAAGGCUCUGAUCCAGGCAUCAAGUUCCAAUUGUAUUAUCCAACUCCUACGGCGUACAAGAUCCCCGGACCAACUGUCUUUGCUUACGGCAGCAGACGGCCAGCCUCAGCAACAACAACAACAGCCUGCCUAUAUCACUUCCUCGACCGGUGUCACUGCUACGCCGGAUAG